AUGGCGGCGACGGACAAGGCGGGGGCGGAUCUUGAGGAGCGCGUCGCCGAGACGCAGGCCUGGUUCCGUGAGGCCCACGAAGAACUGAGGGUUGCCCAGGGUUUGCUGGCUGAGCGCAAACAGGAGCUCAUCCUGAAGCAGGCUGACGUCGAGAAUGCCCAGGAGGCGGCGAAGGAACAUGUCGCGAAGGACGAGGCCGCUCGGCAACAACACCAGGCUCUGAUGAACUCCCAGGAGGAGGACCUUGCCGCCCAUGAGGAGGCGCUCGCCACCACACUCCAUGGCAAGGAUGAGGAGGUGAAGGAGCUGGAGCUGGAGCAGGAGGAGCUCAAGAAGGUGGCCUCAGAGCUGACGAAGGAGAGGGACACGGCCAACCGUUAUUUGGCGGAUGCCCAGGCCACAGCCUCCGACAAGGCCAAGCUGCUCUCCGAGGCCAACGACUCCAUCAACGACCUGAAGUUGAAGCUGGACGGCUUGGAGGGGAAGCUUUCGGAGGCCGGGGCUCGUGAGGAGACCUUGAACAAGGUCCUGGAGGACGAGAAGCAGCUGCGGAGGAAUGAUGCCGCCGAACAUGAGGAGUACGCGAAGGGCAUAAACCUUUGGAUCAGCCGCCUCGUCGACGUUGCCGACAGGAUCACCACGAAGCUGGCCGCCAUGGGGAUGCCGAAUGUCAGGUACUUCCAGGAGCCGAACGUGAGUCCCAAUGCCAGGCUGACUCUGUUCUUCGAGGGCGUCCUAGGAGCCCUGGAGCAGCUCCGUUCCAACCGAGCGACCUUUCUGCCCAAUGAGGCCUGGAAGCUCUGCCGGGGCGCCCUGACCAAGAUGAUCGUUGCUGUCGCGGACGGCACCAGAGCGCGGCUGAUCGAUGCCGCCUUCUCUUCUCGGGCCACCGUGACGAAGGAGUCGAUAGGUUCGGGCCGCAAGUGA